AAGCAACCCUCGAGCCCGGCCGAGCGCCUGCGCGCCGCACCCCGCUCGCUAGAACCGGGCGAAGAGUGCUGGACGCGUAGCUAUCCAGUUUAGAAGUCUGUGGCGGCGGCAGGCGACAUGGACAACGCUGGGAAGGAACGAGAGGCGGUGCAGCUGAUGGCGGAGGCUGAGAAGCGAGUCAAGGCCUCGCAUUCCUUCCUCCGAGGGCUGUUCGGAGGAAACACAAGAAUAGAAGAGGCUUGUGAAAUGUAUACCAGAGCUGCAAAUAUGUUCAAGAUGGCUAAAAAUUGGAGUGCCGCAGGAAAUGCAUUUUGUCAGGCUGCCAAGCUCCACAUGCAGCUUCAGAGCAAGCACGACUCAGCCACCAGCUUCGUGGAUGCUGGAAAUGCAUACAAAAAAGCGGAUCCUCAAGAGGCUAUCAACUGCUUAAAUGCAGCCAUCGACAUUUACACAGACAUGGGAAGGUUUACAAUCGCAGCCAAGCACCACAUCACCAUCGCUGAGAUCUAUGAGACUGAGCUGGUGGACAUUGAGAAGGCUAUUGCACAUUAUGAACAGUCUGCUGAUUAUUACAAAGGAGAAGAAUCUAACAGCUCCGCUAACAAAUGUCUGCUGAAGGUCGCCGCCUAUGCUGCACAGCUGGAACAGUACCAGAAAGCCAUUGAGAUCUAUGAACAGGUUGGGGCGAACACAAUGGACAACCCCCUGCUGAAGUACAGUGCCAAAGACUACUUCUUCAAGGCGGCGCUGUGCCACUUCAUUGUGGAUGAGCUGAACGCCAAGCUUGCUCUCGAGAAAUACGAGGAGAUGUUUCCAGCAUUUACUGAUUCAAGAGAAUGUAAAUUAUUGAAAAAACUUCUAGAAGCUCAUGAAGAACAGAACAGUGAAGCUUACACUGAAGCAGUAAAGGAGUUUGACUCGAUAUCACGCUUGGACCAGUGGCUGACUACCAUGUUACUGCGUAUCAAGAAGUCCAUCCAGGGCGAUGGCGAAGGGGAUGGAGACCUGAAGUGAAGCAUCUCUGUCUUUGUGGCAUGUAGCUCACUCCUCUUUAGUUUGUGUUAGGGCCAAAUGAUCUCAUGGGAUGCCCAUUUAAUGGCUUCAUUCUGUUGCCUGUGAGCCCAGUGACCUGUGUUGCUCAGCACGCCAUGUCUGUGUCACUGUGAAGCAGCUGAAUGGGAGGCUCCUGUUGCUGUUGUAUUUGUGACAGCCAGAGUCCAUUUCAUGUUCAGUCCCCAGAGCUUCCCAAGAAGUGCUUCCAAUCUUACUCCUUCCUGUCCCUUGACAUCCACAGGCCCCUCUUUUUUGUUACUGUUUAUGUUCUGUUCCUUGGACUUCAGGACUCAGCUCUGUUGCUCUAACGGAUGCUUUGCAAACUCCAGGGUGUUGGCAUUUGGAUGUGUUCUGUGCAUUCAGUUUAGGGUGGUUAUUAGGGUGAGUUUACAACAUCAUUAGAAGUGGUUUAUUUUUAUUCUCUGUGAUAUUUUGAUGGUGCUAGUGACAGCUUUCUUUGCUUUUAUAUUCCUUUUGCUCGCAUAUCCAUGGCAGAAACUCAGAGCAGUGGGGUCUGUUGGCAUCACUUGGUGUUGGGAGAAGGAGCUUGCUGGCAGGACUUGCUUCCUGUUUGAAUGAAAGUCAAGGUGGAUUUGAUGGGUUUGUACUUAACCACACACCUCCAAGUUUCUAAAAUGUGUGAGAAGUGGAAAAUUUCCUUUCCCAGGAGAAAGUCUUUAUUUGGGGGAAAGUACAUCUGUUGGCAUGUCUUGUUCUUCAUUUCUUGUUUGUACACUUAGAGAUUUUGAGCUGUCUUCUGUACCAUGCUUGUGCCAGUCUUGAGGGAUGGACUGUCCAGUCAGAGCAUGAGAAUGUGUAUGAUUGACUUCAUCCCUCUGUUGAACUUGAUGGCUUAAGGGCAGGCAGGAUGGCACAGGAGGUUACCGUGUGCCUGGCUGGGUGAGAUCCUGCCUUGCAUCUGGGGAUUGAAUUGUCUCGGCUGGUGGGCUUAUUUUAGGUUCUACGACCUGUGUAUGUUCUUGAGCUGAGAACAUCGUCCUUGCUGGUACCAUAUUCCGACAUGGGCUUAUUCCUUGUCUCCUGUGCAUAUUUGUGUACUUAAAUGGUUUGAGAGGUGUAAGUUGCCUGACAUACUGCACCUCUUUCAAAAUUGUGCUGCUGCCAUUAGUGCCGGAUAGCAAAACCUUCUGUGUUUUGUUAGGUAGUGAGGAGGAAUGUUUGAUGAGGUUACCAUUUUUAGGUGGCCUUUGGCUGCGAGUUUUAGGCUCUUGCUCUGCAGAAGUAGAUCAGACCAGCAUUGAGCCGGGAGGUAGAAGACUGGAGAGCAGGUUGUCAGUCCAGGGUGAGAGGGAAAGAAGGGAGUAAAGUGAAAAAGCACCUGCCAAGGCUGACAUGGAAGUCUACAUCCGGCGGGCCAGCAGUGGUAGUGACGGGCAGUGUUCUGGUGCCGGAAGUGUGGUGGGUGUAGAGGAACGGGCCCUGCACUCUCACCUUUGGGUUCCUGGGUUCUUGAAUGAAAGCUGCCUGUCUAUGAAGGUAGGGUUUGGACUAAAGCCCAGGUGGUUCUCUUUGACACCCAUGUAGAAUCUCCUCUGAAAGGAAUGUUCAGAGGAAAGCAUAUUUUGCUGCCGAAUCUGGUAUGUUCUGUGGACAGCCAUGUGCACAUCUGAGAAUGCAAGGGUAGUGGUUCUCUGGCUUGAGUCCUUUGGCUCCAGUCAGUUUCAGCAUCAGCCAGCCAGGGAGGUAUGUCAGCAGUGCUAGUUCAGACUCUUCUGGUGGCCUUGUAAAGUAGAAACUGCAUGCUCUCCUCUGGGGCACUUUGUUUAGCUUUUAGCAUGAUCUCCUCACAGGCCCAUCAGAAGAAUGUGUGGUUUUUUUAAAACUGUAGCAUUUCUACAAUUUUUCUGUGUCAGAGUGGCUUAUUUCUAUUAAAAUAAAUGCUAGGACCAGUGCCUGGGGUAAGAAUUAAGUUUUGUUUCUAAUAUUUCACAUGAAAAGAAUAAAUGUAAUUACAGUGGCAAGAACAGAUCUGCCAGACUCAAUAAAAGGAGAAUGAGAGAGAGAAGCCCAGACAAUCAUGUGAACUCACCUCCCCAUGUGUCCCCCGAGUGCAGGAUGGUGCCAUAUCUCAGGAUGCCCAGGAGUUAGCUUUUGGGGUUUCAGAAUGCUGUCUAUGAACAGAAUAUAAUGAUAAUUUGUAUUACAGUUCUUAUCCUUUUGCAGAUCUGGGGUCAGUUCAUAGUUGAAGUCAGUUCAUAUUUCUUACAGGAAAGCUUUGCUUUUUGUGGCAACAAUUUUAUAGCUUGUGUGAAUUCCUUUUUUAUUUAAUGAUUUGAAAACAGUAUUUUCGCACACUUGUGACCAUGUGUGGUGGCGUCACUGUAAUUGAAGUACAUGCACCAGCCCUUGUACAGUCAUUGUUCCUCUGGUGUUGUGCAUUCCCAAUGUUAAAUGCAGACCUUCAAGACUUCCUGUGGAGGCUCUGCAGCACCGCAUGCCUGUGCCCUGCCUGCUGCAGUGUGAGCUGCAACUGUAGCAGGCUCCUGCCUGUGAGGUCCUGAGUUGCCCUCUGCGGGGAUCUACAGUAUUGAAAAACAACCACAUAAUGAUAAACCUACUUUAGCAAAAAGAGUGCAUUUGUUUUAUGUGAACCUGUACAGUAAAUAAAAUGUAAAUU